AUGAGCGGGAGUUUAUCUAACAAAAUCGAUGUCAGUAAAUUCCUAGCUCAGAUGAGUAAUCCGGACGAGGACUUCGCCGUUAUCGAGCUCGACAAGCUUAUCAAAUUGCUCGAAAAGCCCCCUCACGAAAUUUUCGUGACGCCAAACUGCGACGAGUGGUUUCUGGAAAAUAUUCUAUCACGUGUAUACAGUAAAAAGAUUGAUUUGAUCGAUGCUUCUUUCAGAUCAAUUGUUUUAUUAUCUCAAUAUUACAAUGUUGACAAAAUUAGAAUAAUUUUCAGACGAAUUUUAGCAAUUUCACAGGAAAACGCCGAUAUCCGGCCUCAACUACUAUCAGUUCUUAAAGAAAUUUUUUCAAAUCAUAGUUCAUAUGAAAACUCACGAAAUGAAGAGAUAUUUACAUACUUCUUUGGUGAGUGCGUUCGAGAUUUGACUCUACUUUUAGAUGAUAAUUUAACUUUUACCAUCGAAUUACUUUCGAGUUUAAUAGAGAACCUUGGCUCGCUCGCAACGGAAAAGCAACUUACGGAGCUCAUAGACAAGGUCCUUUUCUUCCUCAAACCAGAGCGAAAUAAAGAAAUUAAACAACAAAUGAGAUCAUUUUCGAAUUUAGUCAAAGAAUGGAGCAAAUUCGCCCCUCAAGCGCUAAUCGAACGCCUCGUUGAAUACCUGCUGUCAGAGAACAUGAAAACUACGCAUAUCUCCCUUACAAUGCUUACAUCAAUUGUAAUGACAAUACAGAAGCCGCUCCUCAAAUUCUUUGACCAGCUUUUCGACCUAUUCUACGAGAACUCUCAAAUUGAGACGGAAAGUGACAACGAUAACGUCGAAGAUGAAAAUACAGAAAUUGAAGACGAAACUGAGUCGGGAAUCAUCGUUGAUAGCGAAUCCAUCAAGAAAGUACAGUUCUCUGUUGAAGCGCUGGCUAAUUUGACCCACGCGUUCCCUCAGGAAUCUUCAAAAGAAUUAUCAAAGUUAUUUGACAUUUUUUACAGCCAUGUUAACUAUAAUAUCGUUGAAUCAGACUCCGUACAUACCGAUGAUGAGGAUGCUGGCAUGAAACUCGAUAUCGACAGCGAUAUGGAAGAUUCCGAUAAUGAAAUGAUGGAUGACGACGCUGGAUUUGAUGACGAAGAGUCUUGGAAGAUUAGGAAGAGUGCAGUAAGACUAGGAAUGGUCUUAGUUAAUACGUUUCCAACAGAAUUUUUCGAAUCUCUUCAAAAUGAAGAGAACGAACACCAUUUUACGUUAUCGUUGGAUGAUACAGACCCUGGAGCAAAGAAAGAUAUAUUGGAAUUACUCACAAAAAUAGUCAAAACAUACGGAAAUAAAAUUUCAAAAGCAAACGAAUGGAUUACGAUAGUUUCUAACUCAGUAAAACAGACAGACCAAAACUGCAUCAGUUGUAUCGUUGCAAUUUCGGAAUUAACUAAAAUUAUCGACGUUACAGAAAAUCAACGCGUCCCGAACGUUUUUUCGGGUGUCCACUGCCCAGUUUCGGACUUAAUUGAUGGUUCUAUGAUAGAAUUUUGCCGAUCUUUGAUUGUUGGACCGACAAAAUGCACUGAUGAAAUAAUUUCAAACAUUUGUUUGCAAUUAGACGGAAUUAUCAAGCAAGGAACAAUCAAAAAUUCAAAUACAGCAAUAGAACUCGCAGCAUUACUCUAUAAAAUCUCUCCAAUUUCAGAUUCAAUCAAAAAACUCAACGAAACUAUAUAUUCAUGCAUCGAAAUUUCUCCAAAGACACAAAACGCGAUAAUCUCAUUUACGUGCUUCUAUUCCAUUUACAAAAUUACAGAUAACAGACUUAUUCCAAUCUUAUUACAGAAUCUCAACGAAAAAUAUCAUAUUAAAAAGGCUGCGUUGAUGUCCAUUAUUAUACUUGUUUGUUCAACUAAUAGUGGCCUUCUACAGCCUUCAAUUUCCGAAAUUAUUGAUACAAUAUUUAAUGACAUCGAAACAGGCGACCAACAGAUAGUUCAUCGAUCAUUUCUUGCACUAAAGAUGAUGCUGACGAAAGGACUUGCGGAUAAAUCACAAAUUGUUAAAUAUGUCGAAAAAAUUUACGGAGCGGGGUACAGAACAGACGGAAAAUGUAAACUUACGGCAUUGGAUUUACUUAUACAGCUUGCAGAUUGCGAUAUCUACGAGAAUUACGGUGAAAAAUUAUUUAUUUCAUUUUGUCACAGUAUAAACUCCCAAGAACUGGUUAAUUCAUGCGGAUUACUUAUCUCAAAGAUGGUUGCCAACAAAAACAACGCAGAUCUCAUCAAUAAAACGGUGAAUUACGUUUUAAACAAGUAUCAAGAGUUUUCUGAUGAGAAACUUCUACAACAGAUUGCGUAUUUAAUAGGUUCCGCAGCUACUCAUAGUGAAGAAAUUGCUCAAUCUAUCUUUUCUUUUUUCGAUUCGAACAAUACUCCGCUUUCUCUUUUUUCUCUUGGAGAAAUACUAUCAGUAGCCAAAGACGAAGGCAAUAAGUACCUCAACAAGAUCAUUUCCAUGAUCGAUCCGUCCCUUCCUCGUAAUAUUUUCAGUCCAGCCGCAUCUUGUCUCGGAAUGAUCGCGUCACACAACGACAGAGCGUUCAAUUUGAUGAUAUCUGGGGAAGUAAAGAGCUUCACUCUAUUGCUUCCUGCUAUUUUCUGCUGUUCAAUGCGUGUAUCUGACGAUAAUAAGAUAAUGAGACUCGUUGAUUUCAUUUUGCAGAUAAAAGAGAUCAAAAGGGAGUCGCAGCAAGUUAUUUCAGAAUCGCUCGCUGCACUAAUCAAGGCCUACAGUGAUAAAAAGCUCCUACUUUCCAAACUCAUUAAAAUUUCCUAUGAAAAAUUUCCAAUUUCAGACACAACCGCUCUUUCCCUCUCAAUUUUCUCAAGAAAUGAAACAACGAGUGAAAACCUUUCUCCCAUUAUUUCGGAUUUAUUACCAAUGAUGGAUCCAUCUCAACCAUCGCUAGCGAGCCACGCUGUUUUCUUCAUGAAAUCUUCUUUAAGAUUUCCUGAUUUACAGCCAACCGUCAUAGAAAACAUCCCUUUGAUCCUCGAAUGCUGCAAAUUCGACGAAUCACAGCACGUCGUCUACCACGAAGCAGCUUUCGGACAAGUAAAAGAGGACAUAAGUCGAACAAUGAGAAUUAUUUCAUUGGAAACGAUUAUUUCUCUAUUGAAUUUGACAAAUGUCUUUGCAUUGAAGGGAUAUGUCGAUGACUGUAUCACUACGGCUAUAAACUCUAUCCCUGAUGAAGAUAAUGAAGUUAAAUCUCGUGGUCUUGCUCUUCUUCAAAAACUAUGUAUUGACAAUAGAACAAGACAAGUUGUUGUGAAAAGAGUCAAAGAAAUCGCUGCUGCUUUUGAGAAAGCUCAUCCAAUGGAUGAUGAUAGCGAUAUUGGUGAUGUCGCGAAACCAUUGUUUGAAGCAAUUUCCAUGGUUUCGCUUGUAACAAGAGGUUCUUCUCCUUGCCAGGAAUUGGAGAUGGAGAGAGAAAGAUACGAAGAUUCUGAUAUAAUGAUUAAAGCGGAAAAUGAUGCUCAGGCUGCUUUUAUGAUGGAGGAGGCAAAAGAGAACUCUUCUGAUACGCGGAUAGAUGGUAUGGAGUACAGAUUAAUACUUGUUAGCUUCUGUAAAGAAGCAGAAUAUUUGUUUACUAAAUGA